CAAAUCAUCUUGCAACAUCAUGAAUGUAAUAGAAAGAACUACUACUGACGUGGCAAGUAGCUAAUGGCUACUUCCACGUGUACGACUUCUAACGCUAACAUACGCCGCGGCCUCACCACCGGACCCGAUCAGCAGGUCCCUCAUUUCCGUUUCCCUCGAAUCCGAAAACCGAACAAGGAGGUCAUGGCUGUCCGAGCGACGGUGUCACGGUUCCCGAUCGACCCCGACGCGCAGGAGGUCUCCGGCGUGCCCUGGGGGGUCACCGUUACGCCGUUCGCGUCCAAGGACGAGAACGGUCUACCGCCAGUCUACGGAUCGGACGGGCAUCUUUUACCACGGUGCGAGUACUGCUACGCCUACUUCAACACUUACUGCGAACUAGAUGAAUGGGCCUGGAACUGCUCGCUCUGUGGGACGCUAAACGGCCUGUCCUCCGAGGCCGUUACCAGAUACUCGCAUCCUCAGUCGUGCGCCGAGAUGACGUCCUCCUUCAUUGAUCUCGAGUUGCCAUUGGAGGGAUCAGAGGAAGAAAUGAUACAAGCUCGUCCUGUUUAUGUUGCAGCUGUUGAUUUGGCAUCUUCUGAAGAAUUUUUGGAGCUAACUAAAAGUGCAUUACAAGCUGCUUUGGAAGCUCUUGCACCUGGGUCAUUGUUUGGUCUCGCUACCUUCAGCCACAAAAUAGGGUUGUAUGAUGUUCAAGGUCCUAUACCCAUAGUAAAGAAUGUUUUCAUCCCUCCAGAUCCUGAGGGCUCCCUACCAAUUGAACUUGAAGAUGCCAUGCCUUUGUUGCACUUCUUGGCCCCAGUUGAAACUUGUAAGGACCGUAUCACAUCUGCACUUGAAACACUUAGACCAACAACUUCAUGGGAAAGAACCCCAGGAGCAGGUCAAGGUUUAGAUGGUGUUUUGAUUGGUGGGAGAGGUUUUGGUGUGGCAAUGGAAGCCCUUUUCAACUACCUUGGAUCAGAAUAUGGAAAUACAUUUGCAUUGGCUAGAGUAUUUGCCUUUCUAUCGGGUCCUCCUGAUUAUGGAGCUGGGCAACUAGACACGAGAAGGUACGGUGAGCAAUAUGCCAGUAAAGGAGAGGAUGCAGACCAUGCUUUACUUCCUGAGCAGACACCAUUCUACAAAGAUCUGGCCACUGUGGCUGUUCAAGCAGGUGUAUCUGUGGACAUAUUUGCUGUCACAAAUGAGUAUACAGAUCUGGCAUCUCUAAAAUUUCUUAGCAUAGAAAGUGGAGGCUCACUGUUUUUUUAUUCAAAUACUGAUGACUCAACACUUCCUCAGGACAUGUAUCGCAUGCUAAGUCGACCGUAUGCUUUUAAUUGUAUUCUCUGAUUGAGGACAUCUUCUGAAUUCAAGCCUGGCCAUUCUUAUGGUCAUUUCUUUGCUGAUCCACAAUAUGAAAAUGUUCAACACAUUAUUUGCUGUGAUUCUUUUGCAACAUAUGCAUAUGACUUUGAUUUUGCUAAUACUUCUGGAUUUUCCAGGUAUUGCUCAUUAUUGUUAUCUUUUCUUCACAAUAUGAUUGCAUCAAAUUGUUUGCUGUGCUCAAUUUUUUUUGUUGCAUAACAGUUGUGACUAUAAGGGAACCCUUUAUGGCAUUUAUUGUUAUCUUAUUUAAAAUGAUUCAGAAUCCCCUUUUAUGAAUUUAAUG